GUGCUGGCAGAAGACGGGAAAGUCUAUUGGUGGCACUUGUUGUUCGCUGUUGCUGCAGUAAAAAGCAGGAUACACAGGCAUGUAAUUUCAAGCAACUGUUGUCUGUGCAUCAAUGGAAGUCCUAUAUACAUCUCUCCAAGAUGAGAUCCAGUCCUUUGAGGAACACAUCAGACAUUGCCAGCAGGCUUUUGAUAUUCACAUUUUGGUCAAUGUGCUGCGGCUGUCAUUCCCAGAAGAUGGUGGUGCAGAGGAUAUUCAGAGCAUAGAGCAGCUUCAAAAGCUUGUUGACUCUAGAGAGUGGGGUAGACAGGUUAUUAUGACAACUACCCAUGAGAAGUAUGACAUUCCCAGCUACAUUUCUUGGUUUGUCUCUUACAUUAAGUACCUAAGCUCUUUGAAAGAGACGUUUGAUGACAAGGUUGUGUUUCCUUUGUGUGAGAACCUCUAUGUUAAUGAUGAUGUACUUGAUUCAUUGCCCUUUGGACAUAGAGGAGGAGGAAUUAGCUGUCAUGCUACAACAUCUGUUGCACAUACAGCCAAGCAGUUGUUUGCUAUCAGGAGGAAAUGGGCUUUGCUCUUGAAAAGGAAUGUGAUUGAUGAACAAGUCUUCAGUCCACAAAGCCUGAUUGAUCUGCAGGGCUUUGCCAACAUCCAACCCUUUGUGAAGGUAAUUAGGCUGGUUCCUGACUUGUUCCACAAGAGCUUGGCUGCUGCCGCACUUGCCAGGCAGUGGGUGGAACUGCAUGCAAGCCAACACAACUCCCAACUAGCAGACUUAGAUCCAAGCUCAGCUGGGAAAAGCAAUUGCAUGGGAUUGACUAGCUCAAAAUUGCAAGGAUAUAGUCUGCCUAUUUGUACACCUGAAUUAUCCAAAAGCCAGCCUGAUUCCAUGGAGAUUUUGUAUCAGGCCAAAGACAAAAGCAGCAACGAUGAGAGUACCUGUAUAAGAACCACCAACCAAGAAAGGAGUAAGCUACGUGAGAUCCAUGAGGAACUUAUGUCCUUGCUAUCGCGGGAGCAACGCUCUCGGACUCUGGAAGCAGAAAUUCAGGAGGUAAACCUGAGGAUUUCUAAUCUGCAACUUCAGCAGGAGACUAAGAAGCAGGAGCUGGAAGCCUUAAAGCAGCAGUUGGAGGCCGACAACUGGAGUGUGCCCAUCAGACAGUGCCAGACACUCCUUUCUGAGGUGGAUGCCUUGGGGAAACAGCUGAAGUUGGAGCAGUAUCACAAGAGUAUCCUGCUGGGUGAUUGGCUACUAGAGCUGGAGAUCAGGCCCAUCCUUGUGCAACCGAUUCAUAGAUUGCAGGAGCGACACCAGGAGCUUGUAAAGCUGUUUCAGGGUAGGAAAGAGAUUUACCAGGAUCUUCAGCCAGCCAAUGGAAUGGAGUCACACUCCUCAAGUAGUUCUGGGGAUCUGAACAGCCUCCAUUCUCUUCUUGAAAAGAAAGAGACAAUUUAGCUUUUUGUUCAGAGGAAGUUGCCUUACCUGGCCUCUCUCUGUGAGGUGAAAGCAGACUUGUUUCGCAUAAUAUAUGGCACACCAAUUCUAAAUUAUGUAACCAGAUUACAUUAAAGGGCUGUAUGUUGGGCUGUCAUUGAUGAUGGCAUUUUUAACUUAAUUAGCUUUUGGCGACAGGAUUUAAGUUAGGAUUUUUAAUGCUGUGUUUCUCAUCUGUAUUUGGCUUCUGUUAGACAUGUAUGCCAUUACAGUAAUUUAUUGUUUAUAUUCUUGAUACUCUGAAAUAAGUAGGCAAACACAGGUAUUUACCCCUUUUUUCCUGGAAAAGCAUAGCCCACUGCCCAGAAAAGCCUUUCUGAAACCCAUGUCCUAACAGAGUCCUCCUUCCAAUUGCUCAAAUUACAUGACAUCUAGUUUGCUUGUGGCUUCAGAACCAUAUGACUCUUUUCUAUUAAAGCAGUGCUGGUAAGCCAGCUCCCAUCAUGCUUUCUUUACUGCUGACUGAGCUGGCUGUGUCUGAUGGUAACUGGAAUUAUUAGUUCUGCUCUUGUGCGGGGUUCUAUACACUAGGCUCGUGAAGCUAUAACUCAAAGCAGAACUGCUUCUUCCUCAGUCACAAGUACACACUUUUCAGGGACUGAGUAUCAGUUCCCAAAAACCUUUUUAUCAAGCAGAAGGAAGCAAAACAGGAACCAGAAACUGUAUGCUGAGGAUGACCGAAUUUCAAAUAAUAAACCUUCCUUUGGCGCUGAUGAAACCAGACAUGACAUGUAGUCAUGAUAGUCAAGAGACCUCACAACCUAGAUGAAACAGGGAUGAACAUUAUCAAUGGGGUUUAGUUCCCACCCCUCAGACACUGUGUUGUAGACUUUUGGUGUUCUUGGGUCUAUAUUUCAUUAGCUGUCGUUGAAAUGACUGUCACUCACUCUGUUCUAAUUGGACCUCCCUCUUACUAUCAACGAAGGGACGUGGUGGCGCUGCGGGUUAAACCGCAGAAGCCUCUGAGCUGCA